UUACUGUUAUCUUACCCAGAUUUUAUUACACUCUUCACCGCCAUGAGCUGAUGAGACCAGAGCCUAAUGCUGUUUGCCGAUUGCCAAGGUUACCAGCCAUCGAGGACAUAUUCUGGCAAUUAUGUCUCUGGAAUUCCCUGCCUAACAUUGCUAAACCUAAAGCCAAAAUUUGAGCGCCACAAAUGCUAAGAUUUGCCUUCAUGAAUUGCAAGAACGCCACACAUCUGUGCGGCGCAGAACGCGUCUGCAUUGAGCUGCAACCUCUGCAUAAUCAGGCCGUCUCUCAGGUUUCCUGAGGUUGAUGAUGGAAGCUGAUGAAUCUGGUGUACCGCCGCGACGGGUCGCCGGAGAUGUUCACACCCCGGCGAGCUGCUCCUCCGAGGAGCUAAUGUUCAGGUGUAGGAGCGGCAUGGCGGCGACCUGCUCAUCGCCAUGGCGUCCUCACCGCACACGUCGGCGUUCCGCGCGGCGCGGCCGGUAUCCAUCAGCAUGCCGGCGUCGCCGACCGGGUUCGGUGGCGCUAGGCCGGAGGUGGAGCUCCAGCGGCACGCCAUGACGGACGUGCCGUGCAUGCUGCCGCUCCCGGCGCCGCGGCCGCCGAUGAUGCCCGUCGCCCCACAGCCCGACAGGGUGGUGUUCCGCUCCCAGCCAAUCGCGGUCCCCGACGGCGGGGCCGGGCUGCCCCAGCAGGGCAGGAACUCGCAGGUGCACGGCGACUCCUCGAUCCGCGGUGGCGCGCGGCGCGCAGCGGCGACGGCGACGACCACGGGCAGGGUGCGCACGCGCCGGGACACGAGCUACGACUCGUUCAAGACACUGUCCGGGAAGCUGGAGCGGCAGAUCACCACCCACCUGCGAGGCGUCCGGCAGCAGCCAGAGCAGCGGGAUGAGGAGGAGGAGGAGCCCGAGGAAAACGACGCGGCGACGGGGGCGGCGGCGGCGGCGAAGGAGACGACGGCGGCGUCGGCGGCGACCAGCAGACGGCCGUACUCGUCGAUGCCGAGAGUGCAGCGCUUCUUCGCGGCGCUGGAAGGCCCCGAGCUGGACAAACUAAGGUCGUCGGAGGAGCUGGUCCUGCCGUCCGACAAGACGUGGCCGUUCCUGCUCCGGUUCCCGGUGUCGGCGUUCGGCAUGUGCAUGGGCAUGAGCAGCCAGGCGAUCCUGUGGAAGAGGAUCGCCAUCUCGGCGUCGACGAGGUUCCUGCACAUCACCGUCAAGAUCAACCUGGUGCUCUGGUGCGUCUCCGUGGCGCUCAUGUGCGUCGUGUCGGCGCUGUACGCGUGCAAGGUCGUCUUCUACUUCGAGGCCGUCCGGCGAGAGUACUACCACCCGGUCCGCGUCAACUUCUUCUUCGCGCCGUGGAUCGCCUGCCUGUUCCUCGCCAUCGGCGUGCCGCCGGUGGUGGCGGCGAACCUCCCGCACUGGCUCUGGUACCUGCUCAUGGCGCCGCUCGUGUGCCUGGAGCUCAAGAUCUACGGGCAGUGGAUCUCCGGCGGGCAGCGGCGGUUGUCGAGGGUGGCGAACCCGUCGAACCACCUGUCCAUCGUCGGCAACUUCGUCGGCGCGCUGCUCGGCGCCAUCAUGGGGCUCCGGGAGGGCCCCAUCUUCUUCUUCGCCGUCGGCCUCGCCCACUACACCGUGCUGUUCGUCACGCUGUACCAGCGCCUCCCCACCAGCGAGACGCUCCCGCGCGACCUCCACCCCGUCUUCUUCCUCUUCGUCGCCGCCCCCAGCGUCGCCUGCCUCGCCUGGGCCAGGAUCACCGGCGAGUUCGGCUACGGCUCCCGCAUCGCCUACUUCAUCGCCAUGUUCCUCUACGCCUCGCUGGCGGUGCGGAUCAACCUGUUCAGGGGGUUCAGGUUCUCGCUGGCGUGGUGGGCGUACACGUUCCCGAUGACGAGCGCGGCGAUCGCGUCGAUCCGGUACUCGUCGGAGGUGAAGAACGCGUUCACGCAGUCGCUGUGCAUCGCGCUGUCCGUGCUGGCGACGCUCACCGUGGCCGCGCUCUUCCUCACCACGCUGCUGCACGCCGCCGUGCACCGCGACCUCUUCCCCAACGACAUCUCCAUCGCCAUCACGGAGCGCAAGCUCAAGCCCAUCGCCGAGAUCCAUCCCGACGCCGCCUGCAAGGACCUCGAGGCCGGCGUGCCGCCGGCGUCAUCGUACGCCGGCGACCGAUCGACUUGGUGAAAGGAAGAGACAUGUCCGUGUAAUUUAAUUGUACGUGUACGUGGCGAUGUAGAUAGGACACUUGAGCUGUUGGCGACGUUGGGAUACGUCUACAGUCGUGCUUACAAGCUUCUUCUCAAGUAAUCUUUGGAAGUCAGAAGCUCUUCUGAAUAACAUUUUGUUUAAGUAUAGUCUCAUGUAAUCUUUAGAAAUCAGAAGCUCUUCUAAAUAACAUUUUGUUUAAGUAUAGAAUCUAGAAAAUAAAUUAGAAGUCGGAGUUCAAAGAAGCCAGCUUCUCACCAAGAGCUUGUUAGAUCUUAAGCUUCUUAUAGCACGUACAAGGGUGCUUAUUAGCUAACUCUUUUAAUCAUCACGCCACGUAAGCAAAUUUGGUGACGCUGAGGAAACAGAGGGAA